AUGGCCAGCAUCGGGAGAUCACAGUCCUUCAGCGGUCGUACUGACGUGGGUUUUGCUUACAGUAAUCGUACAGUAAAACGUGAUUAUUUAGAGAACUUUAUUGAUAACAAACUUUAUGGCAAAAUCAUAUAAAUAAUUUAGUCUUUGUUACCAUUUGAAUGUUCAGAUCUCGUCACCAGGCAUCUACUUUCCCGUGACAAACUGCUACUCUUACCGUUACUACAACGAUUACUCUUUGGUAAGUCAUUGUCUUAUAGUCUCGUAUCUCUUUAUACUUCCUUAAAAGACUCUAGUCUACAAACACACAAUAUUAACUUCAGCACGAUGAGUACGUCACAGACAAGUACAGAAACAAUACCCCAUUGUUCUACAAGCCUAAGUUUCCUCGACCCCAUUACGCGGUAGAUUAUAAGCCUAACCACAUUCAGUACUUGACCACGCCUUAUCAGUACUUCAGUGGCUACCGUAACAAAACGUAUGUUAUCACAUUUUAAAACGUUAUGUUUGGAUAAUUAAGAAUAUAUAUAUAUAUAUAUAUAUGUGUUGGUAAUGUUAUAAAGUACUAAGUGAUCGUUAUAACAAACCCUUUCAGCUACAACUACGAGUUCCCCUACCACAAGAACAGAUCAGCUGACCCUUACUAUGACUCGUACAUCAGAGCGGCCUACUACUCUCCCUACAACCUGGAAACAUACGAUGGUAUGUCUUUAUUUAAAAUUUUUAUUUCGUUUAUCUUACUGUAACUUUAUUUUUUAUUUUUACUUCAGUUUUCACUUUUACAUUACUGUGUUUUACUUUGCUAUCUUUCAGUGUUACUGCGAUGA